CGGUUCAAAAAAUUGAGAGUUUCUUCCAAGAGCCAAAAAUGGCGGGAACCGAUCCAAAGAGGCAACUGCUAAACCUGAUUCGCGACUUCACCUCCGAAAAGUCUCAAGGAGAAAGAAGAGUGGUUAGUUUGAAGAAUCGAAUAGAAGAGCUAAGAUUGGAGUUAGAGGCUGCAAACGCGAAGCUAGAAGAGGCAAAGCAGUUUAAAGAAACAACUGAGCAAGAGCUUAAAGGAUACGAAGUUGAACUGGCUUUAAACGACAAUUCGUGUCAUGCCUUGGAGUCAAGAAUUUGUUCAAUACAAGACGAAAUUUUUGCCGUUGGAUCUGAUGUGGAGAAUCUUAAGAAAGAAGAAGCUGAUUUAAGAGACGGGUUUAUUAGCCAAAUGUUUGAGUUUAACAAUAAGAUAAGGGAAUUCCAUAUGACAGUAGCUUGCAAUUUUCAGAAAGAUAUUACUGUUGGAACCGCAGCCGAAGGAGACCACAAUUUCAGCAAGAAGGAAGACACUGAAGUUCCUUUAGAAACUCUUGAGGAUAAGCUGACUGAUAUGGUUUCUCAAAUAGCUAAAGCGGAGGAAGCACACCAAAAGGAGGAAAAUAUUUACAAACAGGUCCAGUUGGAGUUGGCUGAUCUUGAAAGAAAGGUGUCUUUGAUGGGGGGUAUAUUGACUGAAACCAAAGCAUUGCAGGAAUUAACAGGGCAGACUUCAGAUAUGGAAAAGACAGUUGCUUCUCUCAGUCAGGAGUUGCAGAAAAGGUGUAUGUGCCCCAGUUGUGGCAGAAAGAAUGUGGAGGCCCUUGGUGAUAUACUCCGUGCAAAUCAGGCAAAUUGAUCCUAUGUAAGUAUUUUACCAGCUAAUGCUACUAUUGAGGCGUUGUGAUUGCCUUUUCCUGCAAAUAAGAACUUGAUUUACAGUCAGUUUAGUGCAAAAUGUGAGACACAAAACUCCGAACUGCUUUGAAUAAGUUUUUACGUAUUUUGAAGUUCCAUAAAGACUGCUUAAGCUUAGUUCUCUUAUUAUUUGAAUAAGUUCCAGGCUUCAAUUCGCUGGGGAAUUCCUUAGUACAGUUUAUAGAAGAGACAUAUAUUAAAGAAUGUUAAUUACAUUUAUUCAA